AUGGUUGGUAAUCAUUUAUUUGUAUGGCUUUUAUGUACUUUUUCACUCAUCGUUAAUAUCAACUCAAAUGAGUAUCACAAUGUUCAAAGUAGAACAUGGGAUGAAGCCAUCGCUAUGGCUAAAUCAUUUGUCGCACAAUUAACAUUAGAGGAAAAAUGUAAUAUGACAGCUGGUGUUAAGGGUGCCUGUGUUGGCAACGUUUUACCUAUAUCACGUCUUAAUUUUACUGGUCUCUGUUUUCAAGACGCACCAUCUGGCGUUGGCGAUAGUGUUCAACGUUCAACUGCUUUUCCACCUGGCAUACAAAUUGCAGCUAGCUGGGAUCGAGAUCUAUUCUUUAAACGUGCUGUCGCAAUAGGAAAAGAAUUUUACGGUAAAGGAGUUCAUUUUGCUUUGGGUCCUAUGAUGAACAUCGAUCGAAAUGCUCGACAUGGCCGUAAUUGGGAAGGAUUUGGUGCUGAUCCAUACUUAUCAGGAGAAAAUGCAUUCUACUAUGUACAAGGUGUACAAGAUCAAGGUGUUGUUGCAACUGCCAAACACUACAUUUGUAAUGAACAAGAAACUCAUCGUUCGUUUGGUACACCAAGUAAUAAAAUUCAACCAGAUACUACUAGUUACGCGGCUUAUUCGGCUAAUCUUGAUGACAAAACCAUACAUGAAAUGUAUCUUUGGCCAUUUGCAUCAAGUGUUUUGGCUGGUGUGGGCUCGGUUAUGUGCUCAUACAAUCAAGUCAACAAUACACCGGCUUGUCAGAAUAGUAAAACUUUAAGUGAACUCUUGAAAAAAGAACUUGAAUUUGCAGGCAAUGUCAUGUCUGAUUGGGGUGCAACAAAAACUGGCGUCGAAUCAGUUUUAGGUGGAUUAGAUAUAGAUAUGCCAGGUAGUGAUGGAUUGAUGGGUGCUGCACUUGUACGAGCUGUUGAAACAGGAACAAUUCCAGAAGCAAGAAUCAAUGAUAUGAUUACUCGAGUAUUAGCUCCUUAUUAUCUUCUUAGACAAGAUCAAGGAUAUCCGACACUCGAUUUAGAUCGAGAUGCAAUGGGAGAUAACCACAAAAUUAAUCAUCAACUUAGUAUGGCAGGCAUUAUUUUACUCAAAAAUACAAAUAAUGUUUUACCAUUUAAUGUAACUACUGAUAAUUCCUUUUUUGUCUAUGGAGAAGCUGCAGGCCAAUCUAAACACGGUUUUGGUGAAGGAGGUUGGUUACAACUUGGAGGAGCAAUAUACCAAGGUGGAGGUUCAGGUUAUGUUGAACCAACAUACGCCGUUGAUCCUCUUACUUCACUCUUGCUCAAAAGUCGAGAGUCUCAUCUUCAACUUCAAUAUAUAACUGAUCAAUUUGAUUACAAUGUUAUUAACGCCUCGUUGAAUGCUCAUAGCUUCAAUAAUGCUAAAUGUCUUGUUUUCAUAAGUUCUUUCUCUUCCGAAGGAUUCGAUAGAUUGGAUCUUCAUGCUGCAGAUAAUGGUGAUCAACUUGUGGAAAUGGUUGCUUCUCGUUGUACAAAUACUAUAGUUAUUGUCAACAGUGUUUCACAACUGAAUCUUGAAUCAUGGAUUGAUCAUCCUAAUAUAGUCGGUGUUAUUUGGUCAGGUUUACCUGGAUCAGAAUAUGGACCCGCUAUUGUUGAUGUACUCUUUGGUGAUUAUAAUCCAGGUGGAAAACUUGUCUUUACAUUAGCUAAGCAUGAAUCUGAUUAUGGUACCGACAUUAGUCCAACUCAUAAUUCGAAUUAUGUUGAAAGUGUUUUCUUGGAUUAUCGUCAUUUUGAUAAGUACAAUAUUAUACCACGAUAUUAUUUCGGAUAUGGUCUUUCAUAUACAACAUUCUCUUUCUCUCAACUUGAUAUUUCAAAAGCUGGCGAUGAUAAACAUACUGCUUCAUCACAGUAUCGACAACGCCGAACAAGAUCUUAUACUAAUGUUGGCAUUUCAAGACUUGACGAACCUGUCUAUGAAGUAACAUUUACUAUUACCAAUAUUGGUAAACGCCAGGGUUCAGAAGUACCUCAACUUUAUCUUGGGUUCCCUACUGAGGCGGAAGAACCACCAAAAAUAUUACGAGGUUUCGAAAGAGUGUAUUUAAAUAAAGGUGAAUCGAAACAAAUAUCAUUAGUAUUAACACAAAAGGACAUUUCAUAUUGGAAUGUUGUUAAUCAAAAAUGGACAGUUGCUCGUGGUACUUAUACAGUAUGGAUUUCAACAUCUGCUAAUAAUGCGGAUAUGAAACUUCAAAGUUCUUUUAAUGUCUGA